UUUUAUACGUCUUUUUUUUAUAGAGAACUCUACGGACGCUUCAGCCCUGCUCGAGGGCGGUCGGGGGCGGCGAUGUCGCAGGUGCUCCAGAUAUCGACGCCGCCGCACUAUUCUACCUUUUCCUGCUCAUCGACUAAGCGGUGGUCGUCGUCUCCUCCUCGUCUCUACAGCUCCCGGGACGCGCUCCUCGGAAGCCCUAACCCCCGGUGGGCGGCGCUGCUGAGGGAACUGAGGUGCGACGGUCGUCACACCUGUCUCUUCGCGGACAACCGUAAACAGGAGCAAGCUAGAAAAGCACUAGAAAGUGCUCUUGGUGAGAAGAAGACCGAGUUUGAAAAAUGGAGUAAAGAAAUUGAGAAGAGGGAGGAAAAGGGUGGCGGAGGUGCAUCAGGUCGUGGAGGCUGGUUUGGAGGUGGCGGCUGGUUUGGGUGGUUUGGUGGAGAAAAUUUCUGGGAGGAGGCACAACAAGCUAUCCUGACUAUUGUUGGUAUUGUCUCCCUGUAUCUCCUGGUAGCAAAAGGUAAUGUAAUGUUUGCAGUCGUCUUCAAUUCGUUGCUGUUUGUGUUGCGAGGAACGAGGAACUGGCUCACUUUCGUAUCAUCUUGCUUGUCGAGGAAAACUUUUGCACUUGGGUCUCAGCCUGGACCUGUAUCCAAUGAGGUUAAAAUACAUCAGACUCAAUUGUCUGCUAAAGAGAGAGUGAUAAAGAAAUGGGGAAUGGACUAAGACUUUGUUGGCCCUCAUUUUAUUGUUUUCUAUUGGGUGUAAGUUUAUCUGUCAUCAGUGGAUGCUUAUUUGAUGGCCAAAAACAUUCAAGCAGCUCUUAACAUGACUUCCAGAUACUUUUGUGUCUGCUUGUGCAAUUGAUGGCAGG